AUGACUCAUUCAAAAACUAAAAAUCAGUCAAUUAAAGUAACUGUCAUUCACUCACAUAUUGGAGGGAAGUCCUUUUGGAAGGAUUUGAAUAAAAACUGGAAAAAAUAUGGAGAAACAAAAAUUAAGUUGUCUGUAAAAUUUAUAAAAGAAGAAAUUACACUCAAGGAAUUACAAAAACAAAAUCCUGAUAUCAUUGUUUGUAGUGAUACAGCUGGAUCUCCUUCUUCAUUCUCAGCAAACGAAAUCAUUGCAUUAGAAACUUUUUUAAAAAAUAGUGGUUGCAAACAUUUAUUAGGAACUUAUGCCCUAUUUCAACACCUUGAACAAAGAACAAAUGGAUAUGACAAUAGAAAAAUUUGUCAUCUUUUUGGUAUUAAUCCUACAAUGAAAUUCGGAACUAUAAAUCUUGAGCAGUCAAUAUCUUAUUGUCCAACGAGUCCAGGCAAGGGUGUUCUUUGGAAUAAUAUUGAAUUGCCCUAUGUGAGUGAAGGAUAUUGUCAUAGUCAAGUACCUUUUUCAUUGAGUUGGUUCAACGAUGAAGGUAAAUUUAUUGGUGGAAAAGAUGUUACUGUUUUAGCACGAAAUGAACAAGGGACUGCUGUAAUUUUGUAUUAUUCGACUAAAACGUACUCUGCUGUUUAUAUCUCGACAAUGCCAGAAUUCAAUACACUUCAAACAAAGGUGGAUUCUCAAUUCAUCUACAAUUGUUUCUUGUUUUUAGUAAAUACAAACCCAACCUUAUCUUUACAGUCUUUGUGUAUACAUCAAGUAAAAAGACUACACAUAAAAGUAAUCUUAUCUCAAUUUCCACCACAGCUCUUUCCAUCGAUCCAAGAACUUAUUUUAAAGAGAAAGAAAUUAAAAAGAAUUGUCACAAAAAAAUAA